CCAGUAUACAAAUCUCGCGUGGACCCACCGUCACCUGUUAAUAAAAAAGAUCUCCAGAAGAACCGUCUAAUCACAAUGAAUUACAACGAAAGACAGAGUCCGCAAUCAAAAUGGGAUAAUCAAGAGGCUUAUUAUCAUUGGUACCCACUUUUAUCAAUUAUUGCAAGCAAAGAAUUGUUCGGUGACCAACUAAGCGCUGUCGGUCGACUGCUAAUCAGCGUAUCGGUCAGUCACGCUGAUUUUGAAGUCUAUGACGCCACAGGUUUAACAGUAACUGAAAUGGUGGCCAGCAGUAUAGACGACAGUGUGAACAGUAACAACACAGCAUGUCUGAAUACGAUCUGGACACGAGAUUUGAGGUUGAUGAUUUCGGCGAAUAUUGCCGACAAGAAGUCGAAAUCCAGCAAUAUCAGUUUGAGCGUUCAAAAAGAAAAAGAUUUUAGUGAAAUCGACUCUCAAAAUGACCGCUUGGGUAACAAAGAAUAA